GGAUGGCAUCGCACUGUGUGAGGGCAAAUCUUUCACCUCCGUCCAUGUUUCAGACUGGCACAGUUUUUGUUGAUGUUCGGGAUGAAUGUUAAAUAGUGUCGUAGUAUAAAUGAUGGUGAGUGACGCAUUUCUGUAGCUUCCCAUAAGUUACCAAAUCUAAUUUACUGUUGCUGAAUAGAUACUUAAGGAGAUAUUUAAACUUAAAAAACUAAAGUGUUUCCUACUGAAGUUAGGUGUAAACAUGCCUCGUCCUUUAUUUCAACGUAAUGGUUGCCGGGACCCUUUUGAGGAGAGGACGCAAAUUAAUCUUUUUGACCGAAGCACCGGGCUUCCCUGUUUCCUUGAACCCGAUGAAGUUAGCUGGAUAGAGUCGGCCAGGAAGCGAUUGGGGGCAUCCACCUGGCCUGAAUGUUUGCGCUUGCCACUCUUCAGCACUUUGCGCAUGGAGAUUUUGCCUACACCAUACAUUGGAUCCCAAGGACAGGUUUCUGGUGCCGUGUGUAAACAAGAAGGACAGCAAAGCUGGAAAAUCUGUCUCAAUGUUCAUCCAUACUCUUCAGAGGAGAUUAGCAUCAAAACCAAGGAGGGAUAUUUGGAGAUAACAGGUAAUUGUGAGGAGAGGCAGGAAAACAACAGAUUGAUCUCCAGAAGCUUUACAAGAAAAUACAAGCUUCCACCUGACUUAGACCUAAAACAGAUGAGCUCCAUGCUGUCUCCAGAUGGGAUUCUCUCAAUAGAGGCCCCAUUAACUGGCUCUAAAGUUGCCCUUCUUGAAGAGACUGUCAUCCCUGUUCACAUGAUGAAAAAAUCUGCACAAGACUAACUUAUGGAUUAUGAAAAUGUAUUCACCUGUCUUGUUUUAUAUGCGUUUUCUUAACACUAUAACUAACAUUGUAGAUGUAUUUCCAAUGGCUUAACAUGAUAAUAUUAUUCUGAAGUCAUUGUUCUGAUGAGAGCUCUGCAGUUUUUGUAAGAAAUGUUGAAACUUUGUCAAAUCAAUGGGUCUCAUUCACUUAGCAUGCGUACGCAGAAAUGUAUGCGUCAGAUGUGCUUACGGAUGUUUUCACGAACAAAACGUGAUUCAACAAAAGCUUUAGUAUCAAAAUGUCUUCUAAAUGAAAACAAUUCAAGAAAACCUAUAAAACCACUAUAAUCAAAUACUAACUAUAAUGUGUGCGAUAAUGUUGAUAUAUAAAAUUUAAAUGUGUAUAUUUUAUAAUAUUUUCUGUAUUACAUAUACAGAUACAUGAUCUAUUUUAUUAUUAUAUACAUAUUAUUAUGACCUACUUAUUUUAUGAAGAAGAUGCACGUAAUGACACAUCUUCACACUUUCCUUCCUCACGUUUUAAAUCUCUAUAUGAAAACAUCUGCAUAAUGCCUAUGCAAAGGUAAAGUAAAUGUAAUGAGAAGUCUAAACAUCAAUCACUUGAUCUCCUGUCGACUAUAUUUUUGUUAAAUAGCGACUUUAUUCUUGUUAAAUAACGACUUUAUUCUCGUUAAAUAAGGACUUUAUUCUUGAAAUUAUAUUUAUUCUGACUUUUUUCUCGUUAAAUAAUGACUUUAUUCUCGCAUUUUAAUGACUUUAAUGUCGAGAUGGUUUUAUUUUUUUUUUAGCUUGGUCCUAAUUUUUUUUUUUUUUUUUUUUUUUUUGUGCUUUAUUUUGUAUCAAAAUAAUUGUACAAUCAAAGCAUCAUGUAACACCAUUGCAAGCAUAAAGAAUUACAAAUAACAUUUAAAGUAAAAAAAAUAUACUUUAAGGGAAAAAAAGAGAAAAGAAGAUAAAUAAAAAUAAAAUAAAAUAAAGAGGGUAUACAAUACAAUACUUUCAAAAUGAGGAAUUUAACGCAUUGUAAUAUAUCAUAGUCUUGGUAGCUUUAGGGUUUGAAAGUCCUUUCAAUGUUUCAAAAUAACUCUUCAUCUGAACCUUAAAUUGGGUAAUAUUGGGCUUAGUCCGAGUCCAUUUGCAUUUAUGAAUGUACAACUUACCAUAUAAGAUAAUAAGAUUUAAAAAAAAGAUAUGACCUUUAAGGAAAUAAUUUUCUUCAUGAAAGAAAAAAACAUCUUUUUUCUGUAUUUUGAUUUUUUCUCCACAGAAUAAUUCAAACAAAUUUUCAAUGUCGAUCCAAAAAAAUCUUGUAUAUAUGCAAUCAAAGAAAAGAUGUACAAUAGUUUCAGUGUUAAUAUUACAAAAUACACAAGAGUCUGAAAGAUCCUUUUUGAAUUUUUGCAGGAAUUGGUUCGUCGGGUAAAUUAAAUGUAUAAUUUUAAAAUAAACCUCAGUAACUUUGUUAGUAAUACAGAACUUAUUAUUGUAAGUCCAAACUAAAGGCCAAUUCAAAUUCCCAAAAAUAUUUCUCCAAUAUUGUUUGCUUCUAUAUGUUACAGGAUGAUGAAUCAAGCUUCUAAAAAACCUAUUAUUACAUUUGAAAUCUUUAAUAUUAAUCCCAUCUAAAAAAAAUUCUUUUUGAAAGGUCAAUUGCUUAUCAGAAUCUGUAUUACCCUGUAAUAGUCUUAAAAAACCAGCUGGAAUAGCAUCAAAUACAACACUAUAUUCUUUUGGCAAUAUUGGGAUAUUAAAUUUCUUUAAAAAUUCAGAAUAUGAAAGCAAAUAACCUUUGUCAUUAAUCAAUUGCGAAAGCAAUAAAAUAUCAUUUUGAACCCAAUUGUCGUAAAAGAUUGAUUUAUUCUUAUAUUUAAUAUAUUUAUUAUUCCAAAUGAUAUGUCUGUGGGGAGAAAAAUUGUGUUUAUAAAUAAGGAGCCAACAUAAAAGAGCCUGACUGUGAAAAUUGGAUAAUUGAAGAGGAAGUUUGUUAAUAUCAUAAUCACACUUUAGGAGAAACUCUAUACCACCAACCUUUUUGAAAAUCAAGUUUGGGAUUAUAUACCAUAUUUUAUCUUUAUGUUUAAUAAAAUGUUUAAUCCAAUUUAAUUUAAAGGUAAUGUUAGAAGAAUGUAUAUCGAUCACAUUCAAGCCCCCCUGAUUGUAUGGAUUACAUAAAAUAUUUUUAUUUAGGUAGUGAGGCUUAUUUUUCCAUAAGAAAUUAAACAGAAUAGAGUCAAUUUUUUUUGUAACUACUUUAGGAACAUCCAAUACUUUUGCAAUAUAAACUACACGAGAUAGUCCUUCAGUCUUCGACAAUAUGACUCUACCUUUAGCUUGGUCCUAAUCCUCCUUCGUAGUUUUGUUUCUAUGACAACCUGCUCUAAACUUUUCUGCGGAAAGCCCUUAUAUGGAGCUGGUUUGGGCGUGUUUUAUGCAAAUUACCAUGUAGAACGCUCCAAAUUCACUAACGUAAAACAAGAACAAACUCAUGUGCGUACGCACGUGUUGUGAAUUAGGCGGAAAGUUUACGUGAGAAGUCCAAGUGUGCGUAUAUCAUGGGUAUAAAUAAGAAAAACCUACGCAAUUAUUAGUGAAUGAGACCCAAUGUAACUUUGUAGGCUAAAGCAGUUCUCAUGUUAUUGCUUCCCUAAGAUGAAGCGUCGAAUUAAUGUUAAAAUGUAAAUGUUAUUACUUUGACUGCAUGACCAUUAAACAAUAAAACAGUUGCGGUUUA